GACACGCCAACUACUACACACAGCUUUGAAACGACACACACACACACAUAUAUAUAUAUAGAGAGAGAGCUCUAUAUCUUAUUAUAUCUAUCUUCAUAUUCAAAGUGAUCUAAUUAUAUUCCAUGGCCUUCUCCAAAGUUUUGAUCAUUUCACUGAUCUUUUUUCUACUUGUUCUCAAUCUCGUGGAAGCUGAUGAAACUGCGAUCGGAAAUGAAGGAGAGGGUUCUCCCAAAAACAAAAGUAUAGAGUGUGGUGGGUCAUGCGCUGCCAGGUGUCAGUUAUCGUCGAGACCUCGGCUAUGCAAGAGGGCGUGCGGGACUUGCUGUCGACGUUGCAACUGCGUUCCACCGGGCACUGCCGGUAACCUUGAGGUCUGCCCCUGCUAUGCCAAUAUGACUACCCAUGGUGGAAGACGCAAGUGCCCUUAACUUAAAACCAUAUGUCCAUCACAGUAUUUGCAUGAUCAUCAUCACAAAUAACAUAUAUCUAUAUCUCUUAAUAAUAUUUCCCAUAAAUUAUUGUAUUAAAUAAAUAAUUACGUACGGAACAUUCGCUUAUAUAUAUAUAUAUAUAUAUUAUUUAUAUGCUAUUAUUCCUCUCUUUUUUUUAUUAUUAUCUGAUAGAAUAUAUGUAUUUAUUCUUAAUAUUAUUAUUAUAAAUAAUUUGAGUGCUUAUUUUGUUGUAAAAUCAAACUGUUUCGUUAUUAUUAGUCUACUAAAUAGCCUAGCCAUAUACGUUGGCAACAGAUUGUGAGAUCAAUAUAUAUAUUAUGAUCAUAUUAAUGAAAUCAUUCAGAUCAA